GGUCCCCUUGGAGGCGUUUCCCGGGUUUGCAAUGGCAACACUGGUCCUGGCAAAGAAAGCUGUGUGUGUCUGUGCGUGUGUGUGUGUAUGUGAGUGUGUGUGCGCGUGUGUAUGGCGCGCGCGCGUCUCCGGGCAGUGUCCGAGCCCGCCGUGGGGAAAGCCGUGCCGGGAGCUAGGGAAAGCCAAAGUCCAUUCCCUGCUUCGGGAUCGUUUUUGGAUGUGCGCAAAAUACAGUCCCUCCCCAGGCUGCGCCCAGGUCAUCUCCGCGGCGGGCGGUGUCUGCGCCGCUGGCGGCGCCGGCUGGGGACGCGGGCCCUGUAAGUUCUCCGAGGGCCACUUGCAGAGCAGGAGGGGCGAGGGCCGAGGACGCGGUGCGGGUCAGCUGGGGCGGCCCCUCGGAGCGCCGGGGAGGCGUGGGGAGAAGCGGCAGAGGCAGCACCUUCCGAAGGGGCUGGCUGCCGGCCACGCGGGCAGGGAGCUCGAGACAGUUCCAGAUCCCCGAGGAUGGCACCAGCCCCCGCACGCUCAACUCCUGCUCCUCCUCUUUGCCUCGAGUAAACAACGCAGAUUAAAACAAGGUGAGCCAACCAUGACUGGCAAAACACAGACCAGCAAUGUCACCAAUAAGAAUGACCCCAAGUCCAUCAACUCCCGAGUUUUCAUCGGCAAUCUAAAUACAGCCAUUGUCAAGAAAGUUGACAUUGAAGCCAUUUUCUCAAAGUAUGGAAAAAUAGUUGGAUGCUCAGUUCACAAGGGUUAUGCAUUUGUACAGUACAUGAGUGAGCGACACGCGAGAGCGGCAGUGGCUGGAGAAAAUGCCAGGAUCAUUGCCGGCCAACCACUUGAUAUCAAUAUGGCAGGCGAACCCAAACCAUAUAGACCAAAACCUGGAAACAAGAGGCCCCUCUCUGCACUUUAUAGACUUGAGUCAAAGGAGCCUUUCCUGUCUGUUGGUGGUUAUGUCUUUGACUAUGAUUACUACAGAGAAGAUUUCUACAAUAGGUUAUUCGAUUACCAUGGACGUGUGCCUCCGCCUCCCCGUGCGGUGAUUCCACUGAAGCGUCCCAGAGUGGCCGUCACGACGACUCGCAGGGGAAAAGGGGUCUUUUCCAUGAAAGGGGGAUCAAGAUCGACCGUCAGUGGGUCGUCUUCAUCAGGCUCUAAAUUGAAAUCAGAUGAGCUACAGACAAUCAAGAAAGAAUUAACCCAGAUCAAAACGAAAAUUGACUCCUUGCUAGGGCGCCUGGAGAAAAUUGAGAAGCAGCAGAAGGCGGAGGCAGAAGCUCAGAAGAAGCAAUUGGAAGAGAGUAUAGAGCUGAUCCAAGAUGAAUGUGUGUCAGAGAAUGCAGAUCACUCUACAGAGGAGCCUGCUGAAGGAGGGCCAGAUGCGGAUGGAGAAGAGAUGACUGAUGGGAUAGAGGAGGACUUCGAUGAAGAUGGGGGUCAUGAGCUGUUUCUACAGAUAAAGUGAUUUGAAGUAACGAAUGAUGCCACAAAAGCAGAAAAGAGAAACUGUGACACCCCCCAGAAAUGUGAAAGGAGGUUUCUUACUGGAGAGCAGCAUCUUUGGUUCAAUUUAUUU